UCCCCUUGGGGUAUUUUAUUGAGUAUAGUAACAAAUUAAAGACCUGCUGUUUCUGACCUAUCAGCUCCUUGCAGUGCCAUCAUGAUAAACUGCUCUCAACCGAACCAACUGGCGCUGUUGGAGGCCCUGAAGCCGAUCUUUAAGAUGGGCGCCAUAAGGCCAGUCACAAACAUGGCAACCCCCACCAACGUCAGCUUACACUUCUUCCUCUAUGGAAUAUUAGGAGUGAAUGAGAAGGCUCAACUCCUGACAACUUAUCUUUGGCAACAUUUUCUGUGGCAGAAUGAGUUUGUCAGUUGGGACCCAGUCCAGUGCGGCACUGACAAGAUUUCUCUUCCCAGACAUAAAUUUUGGGUUCCAGAUCUUAUCAUCCAUGAAUUUAUGGAUCAAGACAAAGCUCCAUUUGUUCCGUAUGUGAAUCUGCACAGCAAUGGAAAAAUGGAAGACGCAAAACCGACCAGAGUUGUCAGUACAUGUAACCUCGACAUCUACACCUUCCCCUUUGACAUACAGGACUGCACUCUUACUUUUGGCUCCUUCAUCAACUUGGCAAGUGACUUGAAGUUGUCCCUAUCGAUGUCUGAAGAUUUUAUCACAGCGAAAUCCAAGAGUGUCAUGACCACUUUAGGGGAAUGGGAGCUGCUGAACAUCACGGCCGUAAAGCAGAUGAAUCAAUUUGGGAGUGAGAAUACCUAUGUGGAAAACCUUCAAUUUCAUAUCCUAUUGCGACGCAGGUCCACGCUGUACGUGGUGAGCCUGCUUAUCCCCAGCAUUUUCCUUAUUACAGUGGACCUUUUUAGCUUCCUGCUACCUCCACAAAGUGCGGAUCGCUCCUCCUUCAAGAUGACCCUCAUCCUGGGCUACACCGUCUUCCUGCUCAUCAUGAAUGACCUGCUGCCUAUCACAGGAAACACCAUUCCCAUCAUGAAUGUGUUCUUCUCUUUGUGUCUGGCUCUGAUGGUGGCCAGUCUCCUGGAGACGAUCAUCGUCACCAACUUACUGCUCACCUCUGAAAAUGUCACUCCGGUUCCUCGCUGGAUCCGUGUGCUUGUUCUGCACAUUCUAGGUCGUCUUGUUGGUCUGCCUUGGGAAGAAGUCAAAGAUGCAGACACAAGAGGCAGCAGUGUGUCCACACAGAAUGGAGCUGAAGACGACCUUCAUGAGGAGAAAGGACCAGCAGUGGAGGACAGGGCGCUGCAGGAGCUGAGGAGCCUUGGUGGAGACCUGAAGGUCCUCCGCCAGCAGGUGGAGGAGCAGCUGGGGUGCAGCUGGAGCUCAAAAGAGUGGAUCCAGGUGGGUUUCAUCAUAGACCGCCUGCUGUUUGGAAUCUACCUGCUCUUCAUAUCUGUCAGCUUCAUCAGCAUCAUGAUCAUCUGGGUCAGGUCCUGUAGGCAGUAGAUGACAGCAGUGACUCAAUGUUUUUGUUUUGUUUUU